AAACAACGCCGUUGAUUUAGCAUCAACGGUCCAAAAUCUGUCAUUCGCUUUCAAAAUGAAAUACAUUUACUCAUUAGAAUUUACACCUAGCUUCCACUACUCAUAUCCCACACACUAUAUUUACUAGUGAGUGGUGGAAUGAAAAAUGGACGAGGAAAAACAGGUCACAACACACCAACAGCCCGUCGGCAAUGCCUAUGCGGGGCUAAAAUGUGACCCUCAGUUCGAGGUCGUCUGGGAUGUCGAUGAUCCUGAGGAUCCUAAGAACUGGUCGGUGUGGUAUAGGGGGUUUAUCGUGGGUUUGAUUUCGUUUUUGGUGACUUGCGUAAUUCUAUACUCCACAUCGUAUACGUCCGGGGUAGCAGGGAUCCAAAAGUCCUUCAAGAUAUCCUCCGAGACGAUUGUCUUGCUGGGCUUGACGACGUACAUGUUGGGUCUGGCGAUUGGGUGUUUGAUUCUGGCACCACUGACGGAGUUGUACGGGCGACGGCCGGUGUAUCUGAUCACGACGGCGUUGUUUGCGCUGUUGAUUAUUCCUGUUGCGCUGGCGCCGAAUAUUGAAGCCGUCUUUAUCAGUCGGUUUUUCGGGGGGUUCUUUGGCAGUGCGACGAUUGCCGGUGGGCCGGGGAGUGUGAAUGAUGUGGUGAGCAGCAAGCAUCGAGCGCUGGCGUUUAGUUGCUGGAGUGUUGGGGCGAUGAAUGGGCCUGUUAUUGGUCCCAUUAUGGGUGGUUUCGUGUAUCAGUAUCUUGGAUGGCGAUGGAUCAACUGGAUCGUUCUCAUCUGCGUCGGAGUGGCGUUUGUGGCUCUUCUUUUCACGAAAGAGACAUACGCGCCUGUUCUGCUCCGGGAGAGAAGACGGAAGAGACAGCAGGAAACCGGCGACAUGCGAUGGUGGAGUCGAUACGACAACGAACUGUCUGGAUGGGAAUUGCUGAAAAUCAACCUGACCCGACCAUUCAUCAUGGCUGUUUCUGAACCAAUCUGCCUCUUCUGGAACAUCUACGUGGGCAUCAUCUACGCCGUGCUCUUCCUCUGCUUCGUCGGCUACCCCAUCGUCUUCCAAGAAAACCGCGGCUGGUCCGCUGGCAUCGCAGGGCUGGGAUACGUCGGAAUCGGACUCGGCAUCGUGAUAGCCGUCACCAGCGAACCCCUCAUCCGCAAACUCAUCCACAACACCCCCCUCGACCCCGUCACCGGCCAACUGCCCCCCGAAGCAUCCAUCCGCCCAAUCUGCAUCGGGUGCUUCCUCAUCCCCAUCGGCGAGCUGUGGUUCUCCUGGACCGCCCGCGCGAGCAUCCACUGGAUCUGCCCGAUCCUGGCGGGCGUCUCGUUUGGCCUCGGCAAUGGGCUCGUGUUUAUCUAUGUGACGAAUUAUCUGGCGGGGAGUUAUGGGAUGUAUGCGGCGAGUGCGUUGGCGGGGAAUUCGCUGGUGCGGUAUGUGAUGGGGGGUGUGUUGCCGUUGGCCGGGUCGAAGAUGUAUCAUGCGAUGGGGGUGAACUGGGCAGGGACGAUGCUGGCGUUGGUGGAGAUUCUGCUGAUUCCGAUUCCGUUUGUGUUUUAUCGGUAUGGGUGGAAGAUUCGGCAGAGGAGUAAGAUGAUUUCGAAGAUGGGUUGACACUAGAUUUUAGACAUGACAAAUAUCUGAAUGGAAUGAACGUUUCACAGAUG